AGACACACAUUUACGCCUUGCAGAGGCUCUUAUUGUCAGAGGAGGCAGCGCUCUGAAUCAUCAGGGGGACUAGUAUCUGCUACACCACAGGCUGCAGAGAUAGCGAGCAUCAGUGGCAGAGAUCACCAAAAAAAACACAGAAAGGAGGACAGAGCUACAAUAUAUUGUUUUCUUUUUUAGAUACAGUAAGUCAAGCUGGCGGCCGACGAUAGAAAGAGCCCGAUGGUGGAGGCAGAGGCCAAAGGAGAGGACAGCUCAGCGGGCGGAGAGCAGCCUGGUCCUCCCAGCGUGAUGGUGCGUGUUGAAGUGGACAGAGACAUUCCCAUGUCGGUGUCACUGCCCAUCGAGCUGCAGCCCGACCCGGCGCAUCAACCCUUCCCCUUCCUGGACACCACACUGGCCGACCUGGGCAUCCAAGAGUCAGAGGUGAAGGAGAGGGUUGUGUGGGUGGACACCAAGAAGACACAGGUGAAGAACAAAGAAGGAAAGCUGAAGGAGAAAGAAGUCACCAUCCUAGAGGUUCGAGUGAAAGCCCAAAAGCCUGGAGACAAGCAGCUGCAGGAGGUCUUGUACAGCACGGAGGCCCACACUGACCGCUCCUUCUGUCGCACUGGCAUGAAUAUCCUGCCCUGGAAGCAGACGUACACAGGAGAGGAGGGACUCACACCGGUGGAGAUGACGAUGGCAUUAGACGUGGAGAACCAGCAGCCUGAGGGCCAGCGGGACAUCUGAGGGGCGACGGCAUCACCAUCAUCCAAAAGGAAAUACAAUUCCUGUCAUUUGACACGACUAACGUACACAUUCAACUAGUCCACGCCCAAGUGAUGCAUGAAACUUUGUAUUUAUUUAGAGGCUUCCAAAUGUUUUUUUCCCUUUCUUACACUGAGGUUAAAUGACUUUACAUUAACUGCAGGUGAAAACCAGUAUUAUGGUAGCUUGUAAAAUGUAUGCUGCUCUUGUAACAAAACAUUGCUUUUCUUACUUUUCUUUAGUGGGAUAACGAUUAGCCCCAACAAAACCUU